CCUCGUCUCAGCUCUGUUAGACUUCUCAUUGUUGCGGAACUGGCGGAUUCGCCGACCGGCAACAUGGAUCCGAAAGGCCCGCGGCUGGUGCCGCCUCCUCCGCCGCCAGCAGCUGAUCCUUGGCCAGAGCCACCGCCAGAGGUCGGGGAGGAGCCGAGCGCACUUUCGACGUCCGGAUUGAGGUUUCCAUUUUCAGGCUCCUCGGCGAGCACAGGCUGGCUUGGCGACUUUCGGGCGUACCCCGGGUUGAAGCCGAUUUCGGUCCCAGGCUUGGGAUUGAUGGCGCCGGCGGCGCGGCCGGUCAUGUCCCAGUCUGCAUUUAGCCUUUUGCUGCCUGCCAAGGCUUCCUCGCUGUCGCCGCAGCUGCCUUGCAGGUCCUGCGCACCACGCCCGUAUCACGCCCAAAGGCUGUUGACGCAUCCUGCAGUGACUCGGUGCACUUUGCCUGCCUACCGGCAAGCACCACCGCCACAAGUGCCACCCCGGCUAUUACAACCAUCACAGCCGUCACAGCCAUCACAGCCUUCCCAGCCACGGCCGACACACGCGCCGUCUUGGACACCAUCGCGGCCAUCGCCGUCCAAUGAGGUUUUGCCAGGCUGGGCAUAUCUGUCCGACGAGGAGAUGCUUCAAGUGGCCGAGCGGCUGCUGCGGGGCUUUGUGGCCCCUGCGCUGCUGCGGAAGCUGAGCCGCCGGGAGAUGGUGGCCCUCCUGACGGCGCAGCGACACCAGCCGGACACCACCUACGCGCAUGCGGCGCAUGCGAAGAGUUUGAAUACGACCGCUGCGUCUCUCGAGGACGCAGAGCAGGCGCUGGCAAUGGCCAAGGCAGAAGCGUUGGCCAUGUCCAGCCUGAGGCAAAGAGAACCAACUCACUCAGAGAAAAUGGUAGAGGAUGUACAGAAUCGUGACUUCUUUCACGAGCGGGUACGGCCUGACCAAGUGACAGAUGAAGAGCUGCGCCGGAUCUUUGAGGAGCCUGUGUCGAGGGACCUGCAAAAGCCACUUUCCUUGCACGGUGAUGCAAUCAAACACGCACCAGUUCCAUUGCGGAUGCAGAUUGAUCAGCCUGGCUAAUGUGAAAGAGAAA